GAAAUACAUCCACACAAUGUAAAAAACAAAAAAAACAUGCAACAAUGCCUUAUUCUUAUUAUACUGAACUGUCAUACCGCCUGUUGUGGAGCAUGUUGACUUCAUCGGGGGGGGAGGUAAACGGCAGCAUUAACAUCACUUCAAUUCAUAUCCGUCUCUCUUUGAAAGAUCUGAUAUCGAUUCCUAAAAUCCUUAAAUCAGUCUUUUAAUAGAUGCCAUUUCCUGUAUCCUCUGCACAAAUCUUGACCGCUGUGGUCUCACACGACUCUGAGCUGUCUGUUAGACCACUUGUAAAUUACUCUAAAUUGUCCUGAACUUUAGUCGGUUUGAAUUGUCAGCUAUGACUGUACCCUGUCAUUUAAAGUAAAAAGUACUACAUCGGGGUUCAUUUUCACUGCAAAUAUUGAUAUUUUAAUCAUGCACCAGAAUAAACUGACAGUCUGUAGACGGAUAAGAAGCAUUCUGGCAAAGCCACACUUGAAGCCUCCAAGCUUUACUCAGACAUUACUGCACAGACUGAGCAGAUACGGCUCAUUGAUGUAGGAUUCAGAUGUAAUAAGUGGUUCAUGGGCAGAGAAUUUGCUGCAUGGCACUGCCUUGUAGACGUCGUGUGAUGAAUUCAGUGAUGCAGCUUUCCGUCUUGUGAACAACUGCAUACACAUACUCAUACUCUGUCUUUUUUUUCACGACACACCACAGUAUAUGUUUGCUAGACAUAUCUGCAUUAUUGCAUAUUUUCUGUCAUGUGUGACAGCCAGCUUCUAGAGGAGCUGAUUCAACGACAGAGGAGAGGCAGAGGAAUGAGAGGGAAGACGCGAACGGGACAGAAGAGAGAGCGUCUAGUGUCUAGGAUGAGAAAGAGGGAAUGGAGAGUGAGCAUGUGAAAAGGAGGGUCUAUUGGUGGAUGAGUUCUCUCUGUGGCUGUCAUUAAGAUGUGUUAAUGGUGGUGGUUAUAGUCACACACAGCUUGGGAAAGACCAGGAGGUACACACACAUGCACACGCUAUUCUUUUAUUCUAUUUUCCUCUCGGUCCAGAUGUCCUUCCAGCAAUCAUCCAGAUGGCCUGGACACCCUCCUUAUAUUGGAGAGGUGCUUUUGACGCACACACACAUUCACACAAAAAUGCACAAAGCAGCAUGUCCGUGUUUUUCUCCCUCUCAGAGGGAAGAUUAACUCUCCUCAUUAGGGCUCCCCCGCCUCUGGCCCUUGUCUCUCCUCCCCCUCCCUCUCCUGUCGGCCUGCAUUGCUGUCAUUGGCUGCUUCUGUCAGGACCACUGCUGACUGGAACGCUGUGACCACAGCACACAGGCGAGUAGGGAGGAGGUGGGAUGAUGGCUGAUGUUGCCACGGUAAUAGAGGAGGCGAUCAUUCACCAAAUCAUUGAGCUGGGGCUGAAAUGGAAAAACAUUGAGUGGAGGGGUGUGGGGUGUGGAAAGCGGGUUAGCGGGUGAAGGGCUGUACAGAGGAGUGCAGGGGGAAAAACAAUAACAACAACAAUGAGGGACAAGACAUCGACUGAGCAACCAGGAAGUCCAUUUAGGACAAAGCGGCGUUGAAAAUCUUAUCAGACGAUAGUCUGGAUAGUCAUAGCUGAGCUGCCUGUUCGAUUGGACAGCUGCUCAAGAUCUGUGGGUGAAAAAAACAGAAGCACACAAAGGAAGGAUGAACAAAACACAGAUGAUGGAAAGCAGCUCCGGGACGAUGUCUCCUCUUCUCUGCUGUGAUAUUUCACUCCUGAUGAGAAGUGAGAGGAGGUAAGCUGGAUGGAGUGAUGCCCUGGGCACAGAAAUAGAAAGAGGGAGCGAGGGGGGCAUCGUUAGAUAUGAAAAGCAUGCGUCAGCAGUAAGGCAAGGCGGACAAGAGCAGUCGGAGAGCGAGAGAGAGAGAGAGAGCAAAGACGAGCGAAGUAGAGCAAGAGAGAGAUUGAGGGUAGAAGUUAUUGUCGUGGCAUCAGAUGGGACGACUGAAAUAGAGCCUGACAGAUUUGUCACCUCAAAGUGCCACACCUUGGCUGCUUCAUCCUAAUGCUCCAUCCUGACUGCAGCAGCACUGAGGACCCACACUGAAUUUCCUUGCCUUUAUGGACAAUGAGACGCUUUGCACUUUGAUGAUGUGAUGCAAAAAAGGGACCCUUUUUGAAACUACUUCUUUUUAACAAAGCGGAGGAGGAAAAAAAUUGCUGCCUGCACAAAACAAAGUGAAAAUAUGGACUCUGUUGAUUCUGCACCAAGAAUGAUUAUCUGCAGAGGAAUCAAUUUGUGAAAUCACUGGUCAGUCAGUGAAUGUGUUUCCACCGUGUGAAAAUGAGGAAAGCAUUGUCUGGCCGUUAUAAACAAAUGCUGACUCAACCUUAAAAGAAGACAAUGAAGGUGGGAGUCACAGGAACGGAGUACUUGGCUGAAGCAACACUGUUCUGUAACUGAUGUCCAGAAUUCUGUACUUGUCCUCUUAAUGACAGCUGAGGCCGCCUGACUAACUGACCGACUGACUGACCGGCUCAGUGCGUGGGUUGCUCGCUGACUGGAAUCUGAGGACUUUGAGGACACCUAGCCCCGGGCAGAUAGUGACUGAGUGGUAGCUCAGCUCCGUGCUCCAUGAUGGGGGAGACGGCAGAAUACCAGAGGCUGCAGGAGACCUUGGAGCCUGAUUACCAAUGUCUGCCCAGUGAUGACGAAGAGAAACUGGGCAGUAGCAUGCAGUGUGAAGAAGGCACAGAAUGGCUGCUGGAGCUGCUGAUGGAGGUGCAGUUGCAGCAGUACUUCCUGAGGAUCAGAGACGAUCUUAAUGUCACACGGCUGUCCCACUUUGACUAUGUCAAGAACGAAGACUUGGAGAAGAUUGGCAUGGGUCGACCUGGGCAGAGACGAUUGUGGGAAGCUGUGAAAAGGAGGAAAGCCAUGUGCAAGCGCAAAUCCUGGAUGAGCAAGGUGUUUAGUGGGAAGCGCCCAGACGGAGGAGACUUCCCUCAGCAGGGCCAGCCAGCCUCCUCCUUUCGAAAGCUGUCUCCCACGCCUCCCCUGGGCCUGGGAGAGGGAGUCCUGGCCACACAGCCCGGUGGUGGUGCUCCCCUUGAUGGGCAGCAGCAGGCUCUGACUUGUCUCAUCCCUGAGAAGGACUUGACGUUGUUUGAGAAGCUUGGGGACGGAUCUUUUGGUGUCGUGAAGAGAGGAGAGUGGCUGACACCUGCAGGGAAGGUGCUGAAUGUAGCUGUGAAGUGUCUGAAGACGGAUGUGCUCAGCCAGCCUGACGCUCUGGAAGACUUCAUCUGUGAGGUCAAUGCCAUGCACUCCCUGGAUCACCAGAACCUCAUUCGCCUCUACGGUGUGGUGCUCACACACCCAAUGAAGAUGGUGACGGAGCUGGCCCCCCUGGGUUCUCUGCUGGACCGGUUGCGAUGUGUUCAUCCACAGGGUCCAGUGUUGAUCCACACUCUGUGUCAGUAUGCUGUACAGGUAUCGUGUGGCAUGGCCUACCUGGAACAGAGGCGCUUCAUCCACAGGGACCUGGCAGCCAGGAACAUCUUAUUGGCGUCAGUUCAGAGAGUGAAGAUCGGUGACUUUGGGCUGAUGAGGGCGCUGCCAAACAACGACGAACACUAUGUCAUGCAAGAGCAUCGCAAAGUUCCUUUUGCAUGGUGUGCCCCAGAGAGUCUGAAGACACGAACGUUCUCCCAUGCUACAGAUACAUGGAUGUUUGGAGUCACUCUCUGGGAGAUGUUCACACAUGGUCAGGAGCCUUGGGUGGGUCUAAAUGGAAGCCAGAUUCUGCACAAGAUUGAUAAAGAAUGUGAACGCCUCCCUAAGCCAGAGGACUGUCCGCAGGAUAUAUAUAAUGUCAUGUUGCAGUGUUGGGCUCAGAAACCAGAUGACAGACCUACUUUUCUCGCCCUCAGAGAGUUCCUGCUUGAGACCAUGCCCACGGACAUGUGUGCCCUUCAGGACUUUAAUGAGCCUGACAAAUUAAUGAUCCAGGUCAAUGACAUCAUCACCAUCAUUGAGGGAAGGGCUGAGAACUACUGGUGGCGAGGUCAAAACAAGCGUACUCUUAAGGUCGGACAGUUCCCCAGAAAUGUGGUGACAUCAGUAGCAGGUUUGUCAGCUCACGAUAUCAGCCGGCCACUCAAGAACAGCUUCAUCCACACGGGACACGGCGAUACCAACCCUCAUCGCUGCUGGGGCUUCCCUGAUAAGAUUGAUGAGUUGUACCUCGGGAAUCCCAUGGAUCCUCCUGAUGUUCUGGGUUUAGAUCUCAGUGCUUUUCAACCCACACAGCUACCAGGACGAACUAAAAAGGAUCCUCCUCCCCGCCCUCCUCAGCCAGCAGUGUUAAUCAAGAAGCCGUGCUACGAUCCAGUCAAUGAGGAUGAGGAUCUUAGCGCUGCAGGAUUAAAGAGAUUAUCACUUCGGAAGACUGGUUCAGUAAAAAGUUUAAAAAUAAAACCCUCUGCAUGGGUUUCGGGUUCCAAACAAGGGAUUAGCCGGACUACAAUCUCAGGCCACAACCCCAACAGCGAAGUGUCCCUUAUUGACUUUGGGGAGGAGUUCUCUCCAUCCACACCCUCCCCCUCCCCCGUGGUUGAAACUCAGAUCCCCUCCUUGGCAAAAUUGGCUUUGGAUGCAGAAAACAUCAUGGACCGGACUCCUCCUCAGAGCCCCUCUAGAUCAUUGCCCCGCCCCCUUCAUCCCACACCAAUAGUGGACUGGGAUGCACGACCACUACCCCCGCCUCCGGCCUACGAUGAUGUAGCCCAAGACGAGGACGAUAUGGAGGUGAGCUCCAUUAACAGCUCAGAGCAACAGCAUGAAGAGGAGCACAAUGAUGUCCAGACCUCAGAUGAGACCAAAGAUGCUUUCUCCUGUGAACAGAAGGUGCAGAUAGCAGCUUUUGUCUCCCGAGCUUCUGACAGACCAGGCCUGGAGGACAACCUCUUUCUACCCAGCAAGCAGAGCCAGGGUCUGUCGACAUCCUUCUCCCAGUCCAUAGAAAUCUUCCAAGAACUCCAGCAGGAGUGCAUGAGGAGGCUCAACGUGCCGGCGGCAGUCGCUGCUCGGUCAAGCUCCCCGUCCCAGACCUGGGCUUCAUCUCCCCAAACUCCUCAGACCCAGGAGGGAGACCAGCAGAUUGUCCUCUCCUCCAAUGAGGACAAACCCCAAAUACCUCCACGCGUUCCUAUCCCCCCUCGCCCGAUAAAAAGGGGCGACUACACAUCUGCCCGCUGGUCAAGGGAUCUCUCUCUGUCCCCGACACCAGCAGACAAUACAGAGGACAUUUCAGCUUCAGAUCAGAACCGGCCACCUCAGAUCCCUCCUAGGGACCCUUUGUCCCAGUCGGGCUCCAGGACUCCUAGUCCCAUGGGCCUGUUAGUGGGUUCCCCCCAGCAGAGAGUUUACUCUGUCAGUCCCACUGCCAUGCAGGUUCCUCCUAUAUCCUGCCCUCCCCAACACACCUAUGGCUCCUACCUCUCCACCUCUCCAGGUAAAUUCAUGCCUACCACACACAGCUUUGCCUCAGAUCCAAAAUAUGCUGCGCCCAAAGUGAUCCAGUCACAGGGGAAGGACUCCACCAGUAAAGGCCCGUGCAUUCUUCCCAUUGUACGCGAUGGACGUAAAGUUAGUAACACCCACUAUUACCUCCUGCCGGAGAGGCCGCCAUACCUUGACCGAUACGACCGCUUUUUCAGGGAGGCAGAGAGUCUUCCUGUCAGUGUUCUGGAAGAGAGACAUGUACGGCAAGCUAACACUGCCACUGUCAGACCCAUGGUGGUCAACAGUCCGACCGUCCAGGGACAUGCCCAGGGACAGGGUUUCGUUCAGCCGGGUGAGCUGAAAGCUAAUUUCUCGUCCAACAAUAACAGCAGUCUGGGUGGACCACGGUCAGGGAUGAGGACAUCACUUAGCCUCCCUCGCGUCUGUUCAGACGGGUUGACAGCACCAGUGGUCACUGCCUCCUGUACCAGGACAGAUGGAGGAGGAAACUCAGCUGACAAGGUCAAAAUGGUGCAGGAGGCAGUUCACGGUGUGACGAUGGAGGAGUGCCAAGCUGCCCUCCAGAAGCACAACUGGAACAUCCAGAAAGCUGUGCAUUACCUGAAGGUGGAGCAGUUGUUCUGUUUGGGUCUGAGGAGCAGGCUGGAGUGUCUAAAGCUGCUGGAGAUGUGUGACUGGAACCUGGAGGUGGCCAGCACUCAGAUGUUAGAUAACUAUGGAUCCACAAGGCAGAGACGGUGAUAGAAAUCUCAAGCUGCUGAGCUCUGAUUAGAACUUCAUCCUCGGAAAAACAUUGUGAAUGAAUAACACAAAUCUGCUUAGUUAUGGCUCCAUUCAUGCUAUGAAACAGGAAUUUAAUUUGGUGGCGAAAAGAUGAAUUUGGAUCAUAUUUUUUGGUUGGAAAAAUAUGCCAUUGUUGCACUUCUUAGAAAGGUGCAGACGGUCGGUCGCACCCACAAUUGUUUCAAAGUUGUGAAGAGGCAUAAAAAAAAAAAAAGGCCAGACAAACUGUUCUGUCACAGAUUCUGCUAUAAAUACACUGAUGAUCGGAUGCAGAGAAAUACUGAUUCACAGUCGAGUUGGGAGUGAAGCUGACGAUGAGUUGACGAGCACAAUGUAUACAUUAGCACUUUCUAAAGAAGUAUUGUGUCAGAGUUUGCCGAGCGCUUGCACAGUUUGACUGAAAACUGGGAUCUCAUUUACUCGUCAUUGUUCUGAACUGUGUACUGUACACGUAGACCAGUGAAAGUUGCAGGUGCAGGAUCUGCAUUAACACUUGAAGCAAUUGUUCUCAAGAUCAGUGUGUAUGAAAUAAGUUCUAUUUCACUUUAAAACAUCAGUCCGCCACAAAUCACGCAGCUAAUAUUGAGGUUAUUUUGCAGGUUAUUUUCCUGUUGACUGUUAUCAGGUUUUAUUAGUAUGACAAUUUUCCAUGAUUAUGUGCAUUUUGAGGUUCAGUAAAGUUAGUUUUAACAUAGUAAUGCACACUGUGUGAUGGGAGUCAAAGGUCAAGCGAGUCUAGAGAAUGGAGCAAAUGAAUGAGAACAGAAGUCAAUAAUGGUAGUAUUCCCAUUAUACACUUCAAUUAAUGAGACACUUAUUGUAAUAUAUUUUAAAGACAAAGCUCAGUGAUAAGACUAAUUUCCAUUAUCGGCUAUGCCAAUAAAAUGACUUGAAUGAAAUACUGGGGGUUAUUUUCUCAAAGAUAGACUUCAUCUGAACUAACUUUGCACAAAGCCCUUUCUAAAAUCUCAAUCAUUUUCUAAAACAUUCUGGGUAAAUGAAGUUCUUUUUUCCCACGUUAAAACACAAGAGGAUCUCAAACUAAGCAAAAGUGAAUUGCUCGACUGCCCUCACUCAAGCACCAAAGUUCACUGUGGAAGAACUCAACGUAGAAAUGUCGUUACAGAAAACCUGCAGUGGAAUAACAGUUUAGCUCAGUUUACACCACAAGAACUGCUCUAAAAGUUAAACCAGUCUUAAUUAUCUUUGUGCAACUGGCCACUGAUUUCUAUUUCUGACUGUAUAUUAUAGUCAUAUACUUUUGAACUACCUUUUCCCUCACAGAACUCCUGUGCACGUGCUAAAAACUCCUUAUUGUUUUCUGAUAUUGGCAUAUAUUCAUAACACUGAUGUAGUGAAAGCUGCCUAAUCAUCACAUACACGGUGUUGUUUUGGUCAACAGCGUCUGAAGCAAUAUUUCAAAAAACAUUUCUACAUGUCAGCUGUGAAUGAACGCACUUCUGGACGUAACAAUAUUUCUUCUCAGUGUGGAAAACCUUUUUUUCAGACACAUUUAGCUUGUGACAACUCAUCUGGAAGUAAAAGCAAUUUAAAAUAAAAAAUAAAAUGCAUUGAAAUCCGCUUUUAUGUGGUCGACCAAAUGCUGAAAGCAGUGUUUAGCUUUGGUCAUCACAUAUGAUCCCUGUGGUGCUGUUUUCUAUAGCGUAAAGCAACUAACCACCUGGUACUCAUCUAUUUAAUUACCAUAUAAAGGUCUAUGGCCAUAUGUAUGCACUGGAGUUGCUCCAUACGUCGAACACAUCCUUGUGUCCACAAACCCCACCCAGUAUGUAACACAACCAAGCACAAUCUGUUUCGAUUAAAACAGAGAAUAUUUUUCAAGGACGGACUGGAAUGAUUGUAGAAAGCCAGUCGUCCCUUUUCUCCCGUGUGCAAUAAGGCUGCUGUAUAACCUGUGAACCCCCAGUCUGUCUGUCUGUCUGUCUGUCUGCCUGUCGUCAGUGCCACACAGUCAUGAAGAAACCAUUCAGCUUUCGUCUCUGAAAUGUCGUGUCCUGGUAAUUAAAUGCACAGUUUUCAGUGUAAUGUGUUUCAUCCUCCCCAGAGUAGGAUGAAGCUGUCCUCAAACACUGGUCCAGAGUCAGUUUUUUUUUUUCCCAUAAUGCCCUCUGGGGUUUGUGUUGGCAAAGCUGACUUUAAAUCGGUGUGGAAGGACAACUUGUGAGAGCUGCCUCUCGUCUGUCCGUGUGUUUGUCUUCAUACCAAGCUGCUGUAUCUGUAUUAGAAGGACUGAACCUCAUGGUGUUGAGAUCGACACAAAGCAAUAUUGUGCCGUCGACACCGAUGUUGGAAAAAAACCUCUGUUCAGUUUCGUCUUUGUUUUAUCACAAACUGUAUUUUUUUGUUGUUGUUGUUGUUGUUGCUGAUUUUCCUUCAGACCAACUUGUCAUUUCUUGCAACUUUGUACACGUUUGCUCCCCAGGAUGUGGUUCAUUUUAAAUGCCGACCGUACAGGUGGUUUUCUUUGUUGCUCUCCUCCUGGGUUAAUGGAAAUGUUUAAGAGAAGUCAAUGCUGCCAAUUUAUAAAUGUAUUUUUUAUUAAAGAGUUCAUUAUUUUUUA